GGUCAUUUGAAGGACAUUGACAGUGUCCCGUCACCACCUUCGAAACCCCUAAUACUUCCCAACGAGAAACCUCCACUGAAGCCGCCGGAGUUGAUGACUCCACUAACCAAAAGCGCUAUUGAGCAAACUUUCCAACCACGCGUCGCGCCCUCCGGCUCUCCCGGUACGCGCCACUUCUAUGCAAUGGGUCAGCGACCGGAUCCCUACCGAAACCUCCCACCCCCCAUUGAUGCAAGAUUUGGCUUGCCUCGUCAAAUGACCCCUCAAUUUAACACUUAUCGUAGGGACCCCGCAGUCUGA